AUGUCGGAGACUAAUGAUGCUGAGCCGCGCGAGCCUGCCGAUUUGGCGAAAACGCUGCUGGUGCUAGAAGAAGGGGCCAAGGACUGUCUGCAGUCUAAAGAUUACAUCUCGUUUUUGACAAUUUUAGACGUUUACAUAGGGGAACCCAAUCUAUACAACGAAGAGGAACGCGAGCAGAUACUAGAGAAGCUGCUAGACAUUUUUACCCGCCACCACGAAAUUCUGUAUGAAAUUGGCUGGGACCUACCUGCCCUUCUUCUCAAAUUCUGCCACGUGGAUUACAUGCCGCGUCCAUUGGUCGAAAUCAAGUCGCUCGUGUACAUUAUGAAGAUUUUCGACACAUUGGCACAUUAUGGCAAUCCGAAAGAGCUGCUAUUAGCUGGGUGCGAAAUCAUACGCGACCUCAGACUUGACCUCGAUGCGGUCGAGGCCGAACAAAGCCAGACUUCCGAUACGCCUCUCAUUCUGAGACAGCAGGAAGGAAUCCGUGCGAUCAAGUUCCACUUGAUGCUGGAGUUGGUGAAUACCAGUUUACGCCGCAACCAGACCAUAUAUCCAUCGAAGUUCCUGGGAAUGGUUGUUUCUGCCUUGGUGAAUUUUAUGAAGAAUCCAGACCAGCCUAUGACCGAUCUCGCCGUCGCUCGCCGCGUCUACACGUUCACUAGAGAUUACGUCCCGCCGGACAUCCCAAACACGAAUACGGACUCGAUACAGGACCUGACAAAGCUGGUUGAUCAGGAAAAUUACCUCCAGCGGAAACUGCUGCUGCUGCUUCUGUCCGUUGCGGCCGAAACUGCCUCUGCUACCUUGGCUCUGGAACUACUUUCGGCCGUGUAUCCGAAUGUGAGACCAAUGAAAGAUGGCGACCAUGUGCUCUCGCUCGAAUUUUUGGGACGCUUUGUGAGUCUGUCAAUGUCUAUGGACGUGGAGCUGGACAAGUCGUUUGGCGAGGAAAUCCACAAGGCAGAAAAAGUGUUUGAAAAUGCUGCAAUUAGCGAGAACGAGGAUAUUUUCAAACUUGUUAUUGAGAACUACAACUCUACUGAGUUCAGACAGAAAGACCCGGAAACAAUUCCAGUUUCUGCCGUCGCUUCUAUUGUGCUCUACACGUUUAGUCGGUUUGUGGAGGGAACGCAAUACAAAACUCCGUUGCCAUCGUUUUUGCAACUGGUCAAGCUACAAUUGUGCAUCCUGAUCCCGUAUCUGAUGAGCACCACCAAUGUGCAUGGAGGAGCCAUCGUUAGUCUGGUGAUCUUAAGCAUGUCAGUACUUGAGAAAGAAGGGUUUGAGUACACCAAGGAAGACAAAACUCUUAUUCUGGGAUAUCUUCAAAGUCUGUCUUCUCUGUGUCUCGAAUUCUCUGACUUCAACAUCCGCAAACUGUUCUACUCGCUAACGAUGAAAGUGCUGAUCAACUUGAAAGAGCAAGACGCUUACGAGUUUGUGAUCGACACACUGGAGAACUGCUCUGCGGAGUCUGUGAGAACGUCCAUGAUUGGAAUUCUCAAAGACCUGAUUCUCCGCACCAAACCUGCUCCGGUGGAAAAGCAAAUGGAGAAUCUGCAGCUCUCUGCUCCUUCGUUGCCACCUCGCGAGUUGAAAUACAUCACAUUCACGGAGGAGCGCGGGAACAAGAUUCUGCAGCUGCUGGACACGGCAAUAGAGGAAACGUUUGCUGAAGAAACCGUCGACCGAGUCAUAUGCGAUACGUUACUGGCAUACAUCAACCUGAUCCUUUCGGUCAAAAAGUUCAACAAAGACGACGUUCAAAAGCGUAUCAGCACCAUCAAGAGCCGCCUGUCAAAGCUGGACUCGUCGUACCAACAGCUCGUCUACUUGGUCGAAUUCAGCAUCGACAAGGCUGCCGAAUUUUAUAAAAUAUAG